UUCCACCGCCGCCCCCGGAAGCCGAGGACGGCAGGGAGACCAUGACGACCAUUCGCCGGUUCUGCUGCGACGAUCUGCUCCGCUUCGCCUCCGUCAACCUCGACCACCUCACCGAGACCUUCAACAUGUCCUUCUACAUGACGUACCUGGCUCGCUGGCCCGACUACUUCCACACCGCCGUCAACCCCGGCGACCGCGUCAUGGGAUACAUUAUGGGUAAGGUUGAAGGGCAGGGUGAAUCUUGGCAUGGACAUGUUACGGCAGUGUCCGUUGCCUCAGAAUUUCGCAGACAGAAGUUAGCCAAGACGCUUAUGCACUUGCUGGAGGAAAUCAGUGAUAAGAUGGACAAGGCCUAUUUUGUGGACCUCUUUGUAAGGGCAUCCAACAUGCCGGCGAUAAGGAUGUAUGAAAAGCUGGGCUAUGUGGUUUAUCGAAGGGUGCUUCGGUACUACUCAGGGGAAGAAGAUGGCCUUGAUAUGAGAAAGGCACUAUCACAAGAUGUUGACAAGAAGUCCAUCAUACCACUCAAGAGACCAAUAACACCGGACGAACUGGAAUACGACUGAUGCUAAAUUCUAACUACCACUCUAGCGGAGUUCGUGUCCCCGUCGAUCUGCACGUCUUCUACGGCAGUUCGACAAAGCUAUUGUCUGUAGCUCCGUUUAAUGAGUGGUUGUGAUUUUCUAUCUGCACAUUCAUGUUGAGAUUUGACGCGGUUUUCCAGCUGGGCACCAAUGUGUUUGUAACGGAAUGAUGAACCUGGUUCGUCCUGAAGUUGAAUGUCACAUGCUUUUUUUUA